GGAUACUGGGAUAAAUCCUGUAGCACAGUGACUCAGUUGAAGGAAGGUCUCAACCGGAUCCUCUGCUUGAUUCCCUACAAUGUGAUCAAUCAAUCUGUGUGGGAGUGUAUUAUGCCGGAAUGGCUGGAGGCCAUCAGAACAGAAGUCCCAGAUAAUCAGUUAAAGGAAUUCAGGGAAGUAUUAAGCAAGAUGUUUGACAUCGAGCUCUGUCCUCUACCCUUUUCAAUGGAAGAGAUGUUUGGCUUUAUUAGCUGUCGGUUUACAGGAUACCCCUCCUCUGUGCAGGAACAAGCUUUACUAUGGCUUCAUGUAUUAUCGGAGUUAGAUAUCAUGGUUCCACUUCAACUCUUAAUAAGUAUGUUUUCUGAUGGAGUUAAUUCUGUCAAAGAACUGGCAAAUCAAAGAAAAUCAAGAGUCAGUGAACUGGCAGGGAACCUUGCAGCUCGAAGGGUGAGUGUUGCCUCUGAUCCUGGUCGACGAGCUCAGCACAAUAUGCUAAGUCCAUUUCAUAGUCCUUUCCAGAGUCCGUUUCGGAGUCCUAUACGUAGUCCAUUUCGUAGCCCUUUCAAGAAUUUUGGACACCCAGGAGGAAGGACUAUUGACUUUGAUUGUGAAGAUGAUGAAAUGAAUCUAAAUUGUUUCAUCCUCAUGUUUGAUCUUCUCCUGAAGCAGAUGGAGUUACAAGAUGAUGGAAUUACAAUGGGUUUAGAGCACAGCUUGUCAAAAGACAUUAUUUCUAUUAUAAACAAUGUCUUCCAGGCCCCCUGGGGGGGCUCCCAUACCUGCCAGAAGGAUGAAAAGGCAGUUGAAUGUAACUUAUGUCAGUCUAGCAUCCUCUGCUAUCAGCUUGCUUGUGAACUCCUGGAGAGACUAGCUCCCAAAGAAGAAAGCCGACUGGUGGAGCCCACAGACAGCCUUGAGGAUAGCCUCCUUUCUUCCAGACCAGAGUUCAUUAUAGGUCCUGAAGGAGAGGAGGAAGAGAAUCCAGCACCCAAGCAUGGAGAGAAUCCAGGCAAUCGCAGUGUGCCUUCAGAACAUGCUGCAAUAAAGAAUGACACUGAGAGAAAAUUUUGCUACCAACAACUUCCAGUAACAUUGAGACUAAUAUAUACCAUUUUCCAGGAAAUGGCUAAGUUUGAAGAACCAGACAUUCUCUUUAAUAUGCUCAAUUGCCUGAAGAUUCUCUGUCUGCAUGGAGAGUGUUUAUAUAUUGCUAGAAAAGAUCAUCCUCAAUUUUUAGCUUAUAUUCAGGACCACAUGUUGAUUGCAAGCUUAUGGAGAGUUGUCAAGUCUGAGUUCUCCCAGCUUUCUUCAUUGGCAGUUCCUCUCCUUCUCCAUGCUCUGUCACUUCCUCAUGGUGCUGACAUCUUCUGGACAAUCAUAAAUGGCAAUUUCAACAGCAAAGACUGGAAGAUGAGAUUUGAAGCAGUGGAAAAAGUGGCUGUAAUUUGUAGAUUUCUGGAUAUUCACUCAGUGACCAAAAAUCACCUGCUGAAGUAUUCCCUGGCACAUGCCUUCUGCUGCUUUCUGACAGCUGUGGAGGAUGUCAACCCAGCAGUGGCCACCAGGGCAGGUCUCCUGCUUGACACCAUAAAGAGGCCAGCAUUGCAGGGUCUGUGUCUUUGUCUUGACUUCCAGUUUGACACUGUAGUUAAAGACCGACCCACAAUAUUGAGCAAGCUUUUACUCCUGCAUUUUCUUAAGCAGGAUAUUCCUGCUUUGAGCUGGGAGUUCUUUGUCAAUAGAUUUGAGACGCUUUCUUUGGAAGCUCAGCUACAUUUGGAUUGCAACAAAGAAUUUCCUUUUCCUACAACCAUCACUGCUGUGAGAACCAACGUUGCCAACCUCAGUGAUGCUGCAUUGUGGAAGAUCAAGAGGGCUCGCUUUGCAAGAAAUCGACAGAAGAGUGUGAGAUCUCUGAGGGACAGUGUGAAAGGGCCAGUGGAAUCUAAGAGAGCACUCUCCCUCCCCGAGACCCUGACCUCCAAAAUUCCUGUGAGGUUGACCAGGCAUGAGCAGUCUGCUCCAGCUCUCGGUGGGACACCUGAACAGACACCAGGACAACAAUCUCCUGAGAAUGACAACACCAUCAAGGACUUGCUCCCAGAAGAUGCUGGAAUUGACCACCAGACAGUUCAUCAGUUAAUUACAGUGCUCAUGAAGUUUAUGGCCAAGGACGAGAGCAGCGCUGAGUCAGACAUCAGCAGUGCAAAGGCUUUCAACACGGUCAAGCGGCACCUGUAUGUUUUACUGGGUUAUGACCAACAAGAAGGUUGCUUCAUGAUUGCACCUCAGAAAAUGCGCCUAUCAACUUGCUUUAAUGCGUUUAUUGCAGGAAUUGCCCAAGUUAUGGACUAUAACAUUAACUUGGGAAAACACCUUCUUCCCUUGGUGGUUCAGGUGCUCAAAUACUGCUCUUGUCCUCAACUACGGCAUUAUUUCCAACAGCCACCUCGUUGUUCCCUUUGGUCCCUAAAACCUCACAUCCGGCAGAUGUGGUUGAAGGCCUUGCUUGUCAUCCUGUACAAGUAUCCAUACCGAGACUGUGAUAUCAGCAAGAUCCUGCUGCACCUGAUUCACAUAACAGUCAAUACACUCAAUGCACAGUAUCAUAGCUGCAAGCCCCAUGCCACAGCAGGACCUUUGUACAGUGACAACAGUAACAUAAGCAGAUACAGCGAAAAAGAAAAAGGUGAAAUAGAACUGGCUGAAUAUAGAGAAACGGGUGCAUUACAAGACAGCAUUCUACACUGUGUGAGAGAAGAAAGCAUUCAGAAAAAAAAGCUGCGCUCUUUAAAACAAAAAUCUCUUGAUAUAGGGAAUGCAGACUCCCUCUUGUUUACAUUAGAUGAGCAUCGUAGGAAGUCUUGCAUAGAUCGGUGUGACAUAGAUAAGCCUCCUGCCCAAGCAGCUUACAUCACACAAAGACAAAAUGACCACGGAUGUUCUCGACAAAAUUCUGCUACAAGGCCUGACAAUAUUGAAAUCCCUGAGAACCCAGCUCUGGAAGGUUUUCAAGAAAUACGAAGGCCUGUAAUACCAGAAGUUAGGUUAAACUGCAUGGAGACGUUUGAGGUGAAAGUUGACUCCCCAGUAAAGUCUGCUCCUAAAGAGGAUUUAGAUCUGAUAGAUUUGUCCUCAGAUUCAACAUCUGGGCCUGAAAAACACUCUCUAAUCUCAACAUCUGACAGUGACUCUCUUGUAUUUGAGCCUCUCCCACCUCUCCGAAUAGUGGAGAGUGAUGAAGAAGAAGAGACCAUGAACCAAGGAAAUGAUGGUCCCUCAGAUAAAAAUGCUGCCUCCUCUCCCUCCAUCCCCAGCCGUCCUUCUGUCCUCAGUCUAAGCACAACUCCUCUUGUGCAAGUGAGUGUGGAGGACUGUUCCAAAGACUUUUCUUCUAAGGACUCAGGAAACAAUCAGUCAGCAGGCAAUGAAGACUCUCUUCUCAUAGCCCUGGAAGAUCCUACAGACUCUGAAGAAUUAUCAAAGCCAGAGGAACUGCGAGAGUUUUCCUGUGGCAGUCCACUAACGCUUAAGCAAAAACGAGACCUCCUUCAGAAGUCAUUUGCUCUCCCCGAGAUGUCAAUGGAAGAUUACCCUGACCCUAGUACUGAGGAAGAGAGCUCUGGGCAAAUGCCAAGUUCAGGGGCAAAAACUGUCCUCCUCAAAGUUCCUGAAGAUGCUGAGAAUCCCACAGAAAUUGAGAAGCCUGAUACGAGUGCUGAAUCUGAUACAGAACAGAAUCUUGAAAGGAAGGUGGAGGAAGAUGUAGCUGAAGAAUCAGAAUUUAAGAUUCAGAUUGUUCCUAGGCAGAGGAAACAGAGAAAGAUUGCUGUCAGUGCUAUCCAGAGAGAGUACCUUGACAUAUCCUUCAACAUUCUAGACAAAUUGGGAGAACAGAAAGAUCCAGAUCCUUCUCCUAAAGGACUUUCAACUUCGGAAAUGCCACGAGAAUCUUCAUCUGCCCCUACAUUAGAAGCAGGUGUGCCAGAAACAAGUAGUCAUUCCUCAAUAUCAACUCAGUAUAGGCAGAUGAAAAGGGGAUCCCUGGGAGUUCUGACAAUGAGCCAGUUAAUGAAGCGACAGCUGGAACACCAGUCUAGCGCCCCCCAUAACAUCAGCAACUGGGACACUGAACAGAUACAGCUGGGAAAACGCCAAUGUAAUGUGCCAAUGUGCCUAAAUCCUGACCUGGAGGGACAGCCGUUGAGAAUGAGAGGUGCCACUAAAUCCAGCUUGCUGUCAGCACCCAGCAUAGUCAGUAUGUUUGUGCCUGCACCUGAAGAAUUCACUGAUGAGCAGCCAACAGUGAUGACGGACAAGUGCCAUGAUUGUGGGGCCAUUCUUGAAGAAUAUGAUGAAGAAACCCUUGGGCUGGCAAUUGUAGUUCUUUCCACAUUCAUUCACUUAAGCCCAGACUUGGCAGCUCCACUGUUGCUGGAUAUCAUGCAGUCUGUGGGAAGAUUGGCGUCCAGCACAACCUUUUCUAAUCAAGCAGAAAGCAUGAUGGUUCCUGGCAAUGCAGCAGGGGUGGCCAAGCAGUUCCUGCGCUGCAUCUUCCAUCAGCUGGCCCCCAACGGCAUCUUCCCACAGCUGUUCCAGAGCACCAUCAAAGAUGGGACUUUUUUACGGACCUUGGCCACGUCUCUCAUGGACUUCAAUGAGCUGAGCUCCAUCGCUGCGCUCAGUCAGCUCCUGGAGGGUCUAAAUAACAAAAAGAAUUUACCAGCAGGGGGUGCUAUGAUACGAUGUUUGGAAAACAUUGCUACUUUCAUGGAAGCUUUGCCCAUGGAUUCUCCUAGUAGCCUCUGGACCACAAUCAGCAACCAGUUCCAGACAUUUUUUGCCAAACUGCCUUGUGUUUUACCUCUGAAGUGUUCUUUAGAUUCCAGUUUGAGAAUCAUGAUUUGCCUAUUAAAGAUACCCUCUACCAAUGCCACAAGGAGUUUGUUGGAGCCAUUUUCAAAACUUCUUAGCUUUGUAAUUCAGAAUGCCAUCUUCACUCUGGCCUACCUGGUGGAGUUGUGUGGCUUAUGUUAUCGAGCUUUCACUAAGGAACGGGAUAAAUUCUACUUGUCUCGUAGUGUUGUUCUAGAACUUCUACAGGCCCUAAAGCUCAAAUCGCCCUUACCAGAUACAAAUCUCCUUCUGCUUAUCCAGUUUAUUUGUGCAGAUGCUGGAACCAAACUAGCUGAAUCAACAAUCCUGAGCAAGCAGAUGAUAGCCUCUGUACCUGGAUGUGGGACUGCAGCGAUGGAGUGCAUGCGGCAGUACAUCAGUGAAGUGCUGGAUUUCAUGGCGGACAUGCACACACUAACCAAACUGAAGAGCCACAUGAAGACAUGCUCCCAACCUCUGCAUGAAGAUACCUUCGGUGGGCAUCUAAAAGUUGGCCUGGCUCAGAUUGCAGCUAUGGAAAUCUCCCGGGGCAACCACAGAGACAACAAAGCUGUGAUCCGUUACCUGCCUUGGCUCUAUCAUCCCCCGUCUGCAAUGCAACAAGGACCUAAGGAAUUCAUUGAGUGUGUCUCCCACAUCCGUCUGCUAUCCUGGCUGCUUCUGGGUUCCCUCACUCAUAAUGCAGUAUGUCCAAAUGCUUCUUCUCCCUGCCUCCCCAUACCUCUGGAUGCAGGUUCCCAUAUUGCAGAUCAUCUUAUUGUUAUCCUGAUUGGAUUUCCAGAGCAAUCAAAAACCUCUGUGCUCCACAUGUGCUCCCUCUUCCAUGCAUUUAUCUUUGCUCAACUCUGGACUGUAUACUGCGAACAAAGUGCUGUGGCUACAAAUGUCCAAAACCAGAAUGAAUUCAGUUUCACAGCUAUAUUGACAGCACUGGAGUUUUGGAGUAGGGUGACACCCAGCAUCCUUCAGCUAAUGGCCCAUAACAAAGUGAUGGUAGAAAUGGUGUGUCUCCAUGUGAUUAGUUUAAUGGAGGCAUUGCAAGAAUGCAAUUCAACCAUUUUUGUCAAGCUGAUACCUAUGUGGUUGCCAAUGAUUCAGUCAAAUCUCAAGCACUUAUCUGCGGGCCUUCAGCUUCGCCUCCAGGCUAUUCAGAACAACGUGAACCACCACCGCCUAAGGACGCUGCCCGGCUCGGGCCAGAGCAGUGCUGGCCUGGCGGCCCUCCGCAAGUGGCUGCGGUGCACCCAGUUCAAAAUGGCCCAGGUGGAAAUCCAGUCCUCGGAAGCAGCCUCUCAAUUUUAUCCUCUAUGAGUGGACUCCUUGGCUCUCAGUGUCAACACUCUGGUUUAGCAAUAAUGGGUUUAAAAACAAACAAUUUGAUCCAAGCAAGUUGGGGAACAUAUUGGUACUGUACAUUCUCUUUCUAGUUUAGUAAAAGACGUGCGAAGGCCGGAGAGGGCCACAAAUGAAGCUUUCUUGCUACACAUAUUUCUGAUGACUCCUUGGGCUAUCUGAUUAAGUGUUUCCUUACAUUAUUUUUUAAAAACCAAAUCAUUUUUCUUUAACUAACUUCUAUUUUUUUUAAAGAAAAAAAAAUAGACUGGUGGGUACUCACAGAAAAGUUGUAUAAGUCCCCCUGUUGCUAUUUUUGAUGAUAGAGAAUAAAUAGGGUUUUUGAAACCUUUGUAGUGUUUUUUCUUAAAAUCCACUCUUGGCAAUGCAAUAAAAAAAAGUCACCAU